CAGAGUCGCUAUCUCGCCGGCGAGAUAUCUCCUAUCGCUCUCUUUCGACAUUGCUGAACUUCGAGUGAUAACUUUCAACCGGAAGUAUUUACUACCUGCGCCAAUCGGACAAUCCUUCCAAAAGCGAAGAUGAGUUUCAAUCCUAUGAAAUGGAAAACGAGAUCUAUUUUAUAUAGCUUUCUAGGAAUUUUACUUCUUUAUGUACUAUUUGUUUAUAAGAAGAAACAUCAAGUGAUGUUCGAGGGCAUCAUAAAUAAGUCAGAUCCCAAACUAGUGUGGGAGUUCGUGGCUGAUUUUAGCAACAUGAAAAAAUUAAAUCCAACAAUAGAGGACUUUAAUAUGCUUGACGAAGGCGGGAAUUACGAUCACUGGAAAUAUUCCGUACGGUAUACGGAACAUCUAAGUCAUUUACCGAUGAUCCGUAACGUAGCGCACGGAUACUACGCCGUUAAACCGGACAACCAUGGCUACGUCAUCAGUUCCAGGCAUCUGACUUGCUUCUUCCUUGAUUUUGGCUGUUUGGAAUCUAUUUCGCAAUUCAGAUUCGAAGUACAUGGCACGGAAGAUACGAGAUGCAUUGAGACCGUACAGUAUGAAUGCCCAAUCGCAUUCUCGCCACUAUGUCACAGGGAGGUCAUGUAUCAACGGAAAGAAAUCCUGAAGAGGCUGAAAUCUGAGUUUGCUGUUAAUAACAGAAGAGAGAAUUAGAAUCACUAGCGAAAUGUUACUUACACAUGAUGUAUUUCUAGCU